AUGGGCUUCUUUUUUCCAGAGGUUGCUUCUUGCUCUGUCUCUUUGUUAUCUUGUGUUUCAUCUUCAGUGCCCGGGACUUUUAGCUAUGUUCUCUUCUUACCUUCUCCUAACAUUGAUUCAGUGUCCGAGACUGAAACACAAGAGAACGAAGAGACAGAGAGCAAGAAGCGACCUCUGGAAGAAAGAAGCUCAUCAAGAAACGUGGACACGAAAUGUAUCGUCAAAAAAGAAGAGAAGACAAACAUGUAUUUCAAGAGGGUGUGGACUGAGGAGGACGAAAUCAUAUUGCUUCAAAAGAUAAACAACUUUGGGUCGCAUCUGUUGAAGUCAAAAAUUAGAUUUUAUGUUUUGGUGGAGUCCAAGAUCAGCUUCAAGUUUGGCUUCAAGAGAUAA